CGUAACAUCUGUAGCGGUACAGAGGGGUAGCUAGCUAGUUAGGUAACCGUCCUUACAAGUGGAAAGUAUACUUUUUUAUCAUCAAUUUUGUACAUUUUGCAGAAAAGCAACAAUGAACCCAGUUUCACCCAGUGGACGCAGCACGUCACCUGAACAGCUUGUUGUUGAGAAGAUCAGUCAUCACAGUAUUGAGCUAAGCUGGGGAAAUGGGCAAAGUGAGCGCAUUGGCCCUACUGAAAGCUGGACUCGCUAUGCUGUGGAGCAGAUGGACUAUAAAACACACACGUAUGGAACUAUAUAUGUAGGGUACAGCACCAAGCACAUUGUGGAAAGACUAGAGCCCAGCACAUUGUGCAAAUUCAGAUUGAGGAUCACCAGACCCAGUGGAGAGUGCCGCCUGAGUCCCACACUCUCUGUCUCCACAACUCGGGAGCCACUGUCUGGCAAACACUUGCACCAAGCUGUGAAUAUGAAUGACGAAGAGGAAUUGACCAGAGUGCUGCAGUCUGGUGACCACUAUUUUUUCUCAUGCCUUACCACUAUCAGCAUGGUGAAUGUGAAUAUUUGUGACAAAUUGGGUUUCACACCACUCAUGGUAGCAGCACAAAAAGGGUUUGGCAGGCUGGUCCAUAAGUUGGUAGAUCAUGGUGCUGACAUUCACAUGAAGAAUGGCAGUGGGAAAGAUUGUCUAAUGCUGGCAUGUUUUGCUGGGCACUUGGAUAUUGUGAAGUACCUGCGGAUGUUUGGUGCAACAUGGCAGUCUUGGGACAUGGGAGGCUGCACUCCUCUCCACUGGGCUGCAGAUGGCGGCCACCUUCCUGUCAUCGCCCACAUGAUUCACGAUGGCAGUGAGCUGGAUGUGAGAGACAGUGUGUCUCACUGGACUCCUCUCAUGAGGGUGUCAGCAAUGAGUGGGAAUGCUGCCGUGGCCUCACUCCUUAUCCAUGCUGGAGCUGAUGUCAAUGUCCGUGACAAGGAUGGAAAGACGCCACUUAUGGCAGCUGUGCUAAACAAUCAUGAGGAGCUGGUGGAGCUCCUAUUGGACAACGGGGCUGACCACCAUGUAAAGAAUGAGUUUGGAUCAGGUGCAAUAGAAAUGGCCAGAGCAUUUGGAUGGCAGAACAUCAUAAACUUAUUGGAAGAAAGAAAGAUUCACUGAACUGACAUCAACAAUCAUAUGAAAGCAAACAAUAACACUAACAUUUCUUUCUGUAGAAUUUCUAAAACCUAUUUAAUAUGUACAUAUAUCAGUACAAUAAGUAAUAUUCCAUAUGAUCAAUCUAUUAAUUUGUUUUCUUUUUGGGAUGAGGUUUCUAUCAUCAAUGCAUUAGUGAAAACAAAAUCUAGAACACAUGAAGAGAAGGUGUUGAUGCAAAGUAAAGCCUUGUUUUUUAAAUUUUUCACUGGAAGUAUUUGAAUAUAAAAUUCUUUGAAUAAUCCCCUGUACCCAGUUACAUUUCAGGUUCUCUCAUAAUUUCACAACUUUGAUAUCACAAAGUGAUAUUACCAUUUUGGUUGAUAGUAUUUAAAAAA